GGCAAAUUGUUUUUUCUGUUUUCGCUUUUCCGUCUCUCUUUCGUUUUUCUUAAGAGUUUUUCUUAAUUUUCUCGCUAUUUUUCAUCUCCGAAGCAUAUCUUGCAUAUUUCGCGAUUCUCGCUGACUAUCGGUGUAAGUAAAAUUUGAGUCUAGCGGAUCAUGUAGCCUCUUGAAGUCGUCAUUCUCAAAGUCCACAAGUUGUUUACAAUCCUGUGAUAAAAGGUUUUGGUGGUUUUAUCUCUGAAAACUCUCACAGACGAAGUCGGUGUUUUGAAUGCAGCCUCAAUUUACCCCAUCUCAUCUGAAAUUCGCUCCAAAUUUGGUCAAUUAGCGCACGAAUCAGUUCCUGAGGCAAGCUUGUGUUUCAGUGUCUUCACUUUCGCAACUCCAGAAACAUGAGUACGGGUGAAGCGCAACCAAUGAAAGAGGACAGCGAGGAGGAGGUGGAUCGUGAUUCGCCUGACACUGAUCAAUCAACCCAGUCAGCUGACUCCAGCGAUGAUGGCUUCGAAUCCGAUGAUAGUUCAGAAAUGGACAAUGAGGAGAAUGAAAAGCGGAGAAUCGAAUGCUUAGAAAAUAUUGCUGAUAUUGAACGACAGUUCACCGGACUGAGAGAACAAUUAUACAGGGAGCGAUUGAAUCAAGUUGAGUACAAAUUGAGUGAAGUUAAAAUGGGCUGUGCUGUCGAGUAUCUAGAGCCAUUGGCAGAACUAGAAGAGAACUGUCGGAUAAAAACAGAAGUUGCUGCUGUAUUGAAACAAUUUAGGAUAAACAAUAUCUGCAAUCAGUUUGAAGCUGAAGAGCUAGCUGCUAAACAAAAUUUAGAU